CUCCUCUCCGGGCUGCUCACUGCGUCUUCUUUGGUUUCAGGGUUCUGAACGCCGCCUCGAGCGGGAGCUGCUCGGCCCCCCCAUGUCUCGCCGUUGCUAUCAAUAAAGACUUCGAGCCGUACUCGAUCGGUGUCGGCGUUCCUUUUUUCCGAGGCCGCAGUCCGCGUUCUUGGGGGUCCGGGGAUUUGCAGGCCGCACCCCCUUUGUGUCUCCGAAGGGCGCUGGGAACUGGGAAUGGCGCUCGGCCGCCUGCUCCACCCGGUGACCUUGGCGGCUGGGCGGCGCCGCGCCUCGGGCUCCUUGGCUGGAAGCUGUCUGGCUGACCGCCGCCUCUGGGAUCGGCUCCACGCCCAGGUGCGUCCGGGCAGUGCCGCCACCUUCGACUGGUUCUUCGGAUACGAAGAAGCGCAGGGCCUGCUCCUGCCUCUGCUGCAGCAGGGACGGGCUGGCCAGCCGCCGCCACGGGUACUGGACGUGGGCUGCGGGACUUCCAGCCUGUGUACGGGUCUCUACACUAAGUGCCCACACCCCGUGGAUGUCCUCGGAGUGGACUUCUCUCCGGUGGCUGUGGCCCACAUGAACGGUCUCCUAGAAAAUUGUCAAGGUCAACCCCCGCUGUGCCCGGCACAUCCGGCGUCCAGCCUCCGCUUCAGGCAGGCAGACGCCCAGAACCUGGGACCAGCGGCUCCCUCAGGCUCCUUCCAACUGGUGCUGGACAAGGGCACCUGGGAUGCCGUUGCCCGGGGUGGACUCCCUGGAGCCAAUCGGCUGUUGUCUGAGUGCCUGAGGGUCCUGAGCCCUCGGGGGACCCUCAUUCAGUUCUCUGAUGAGGAUCCUGACGUGCGCCUACCCUGUUUGGAACAAGGGUCCCCAAGCUGUGCCGUGACUGUACAGGAGCUAGGCCCUCUCAGGGGCCUCACUUACUUUGCAUACUUGGUUCAAAGCUCUCAUUAAAGCGCUAUGAUUAGUCUUCU